UCUCACACACACACAGACACUACUCACCUUUCUUAUUGUUGUCUUCUUAUCCUACACCUUCACGACCAGGAACAGUAACCAGUACAGACUUAAUAGUCUAGUUUCUCAUUUCCAUAAGAGACCCCUUAGUACUUUGCAUUUGCACUCUGGUGUAGAUUUAACCAAAAAGUAUUGUGAACGUUAAUAUAAGUUGGAUAGAACUGGACUGAAAAUUUUAAGGACUUUCCAUUGUACUUGAUAUUGUUACUCAUUGUUAUUGUUUGAUUUGAUCUGCUUGGAUUUGGGCUUUUCUUGAUGAUUAACCACGCUCAUUUCAAUUAUUUUCUUGUAAUUCUCUAGCUCUUCAUCAGUCAGAUCUAAGAUUAUGUAAAGUUUUAUUUUAUUCUCCUAUGGUGUUUAUAAUUAUUCCUUUCCUUUAUGCCAUUAUGCAGGUAUGUAUCUAAUUUUUUGUUAGUGGAAGAUUUAUUCCAGGGAAGAAUAUCUUCUUUUUGGGCAGCGAGUGUUAUUCUAUAUAGGCUUGUUCCAUGGCUUCAUCUAAAAGUCAGUCUGUUAAAUGUAGGUUUUUUUAUUUGGAAAAUCCUGUCAACGUGGUUUAGUUUGGAGAGUUCGGAUGGAUGGACGUAAAUUAGAGCAACGAUUAUGCAAGCUUGCUGCUGUUGAAAAGAACAAUGCAGUACUCACUACCAGCCAUCCUCGAACUAAGGAAGUUAGUUCGAGUUAUGAAGCACCCACUCCACCAACAUCUUCUGUUCCUAGGCGUUUUCCAUCUCCAAACCUAACUAGAACAAGCCCUACACCUUUCCAGGUGGUGCAAAAGAGAGCUGUGUCAGCUGAGAGGAAGCAUCCAUCAACACCACCGUCGCAUCAAAAUCCUUCUACUCCAGUUCAUGAUUCAUCAACAUCUAUGCCAAUUUCAUCUAGAAGGCUAUCAGCUGAUCGUAUACCAGAAAGUUUAUGGCCUUCUACUAUGAGAAGUCAUAGUGUUUCAUUUCAGUCUGAUGAUAUUUCUAUUCCUGUUAGCCAAAUGGAAAAAGAAAAGUCUGGUAGUAUUGUUUCCUUGGAUCGCACAUUAAAACCACCUUCAAAUGUGGCUCAUAAACAACAAUCAGAGACCUUUACCUUAUCACGAAAGCCUAGUCCAGAGAGAAAAAGAAAUCUACUUGAAGGGAAAAAUGUAGCUGAUCAGUCUGAAAAUGCAAAACCUAUUGAUGAUUUGCCUAGCCGAUUGAUAGAUCAUCAUCGAUGGCCAAGUAGAAUUGGUGGGAAAUUAUCUUCCAAUUCAUUGAACAAAAGUGUGGAUUUUGGGGAUAAGAUUGUUAAAAAUUUAUCUACACCGAUUCCAGGAACAGUAUCAUCACUGAAAAGAAUGCUAAUGUCUAAUAAUUUAGGUAAACCUUUACAAAAAACUUCUAGCGAUGCUGCAAGGUUGUUACCACAUGAAGAAAUUGGUCGAGUAGGGUCUGAGGCAAUUUUAAUUAAUGAUAAGCCUCUGCGAACAACUGUACCUAUUGGGAUCCUUUGUGCAAGUUCAUUGGAAAAAUUGACUGUAGCAAAUUCUGGAUCUCGAUCUCAGUCACCAAGUACGACCUCUGUUUCUAGGAGCAUUAGUCCAUAUCCGGCAGGACCUUCCAGUCCACCUCCAAGAGGAGUUGGCCCCACUCCAAGAGGAGUUAGUCUACCUCCAAGGGAAGUCAGUCCAACUCGGAUUAGGACAUCCAUCGCAUCAAGUCAAUCCCAAAACUCAACUUCAGUUUUCAGUUCAACUCCAAGAGGAGUCAUUCCAACUCCAAGGGUACUGAGUCCAACUAGGAUGAGGACAUCCAACUCAUCAAGUCAGUCCCAUAGCUCAACUUCAGUUCUCAUUUCAACCCCAAGAGGAGUCAGUCCAACUUCAAGGGUAGUUAGUCCAAUUCAAAUAAGAACAUCCAGCAUAUUGAGUCAAUCUCAUAGUUCGACUUCAGUUAUUAGUUCAACUCCAAGGGUAGUCAGUCCAACUCGGAUGGGAACAUCCACCUCAUCGAGUCAAUCCCAUAGCUUAACUUCAGUUAUCAGUUCAACUCCAAGAGGAGUAAGUCCAACUCCAAAUGUUAUCAUUUCAAUUCCAAGAGGACUCAAUCCAACUCCAAUCAGGAUAUCCACCUCAUCGAGUCAAUCCCAUAGCUCCACUUCAGUUAUCAGUUCAACUCCAAGAGGGUUCAAUCCAACUCCAAGGGUAGUUAGUCCAACUCGGAUGAGGACAUCCACCUCAUCGAGUCAAUGCCAUAGCUCAACUUCAGUUAUGGAUUCAACUCCAAGAGGAGCCAGUCCAACUCCAAGGGUAGUUAGUCCAACUCAGAUGAGGACAUCCACCUCAUCGAGUCAAUCCCAUAGCUCAACUUCAAUUACCAGUCCAACUCUAAUGGUAGUUACUCCAACUUGGAUGAGGACGUCCACCUCAUCUAGUCAAUCUCAUAGCUCAACCUCAGUUAUCAGUUCAACUCUAAGAGGAGUCAGUCCAACUCCAAGGGUAGUUAGUCCAACUCGGAUGAGGACAUCCACCUCUAGCACAACCUCAGUUAUCAAUUCAACUCCAAGAGGACUUAGUCCAACUCCAAGGGUAGUUAGUCCAAAUCGGAUGAGGAUAUCCACCUCUAGCUCAACCUCAGUUAUCAAUUCAACUCCAAGAGGAGUUAGUCCUUCUCCAAGGGUAGUCAAUCCAACUCAAAUGAGGACAUCCACCUCAUCUAGUCAAUCCCAUAGCUCAACUUUAGAUAUCAAUUUUAUCAUUGAUUUUCAGAAGGUAAGAAAAAGUGCAAGCUUCAUAGAGGAUGCUCAUCAACUGCAUCUUCUUUACAAUCGUUAUUUGCAGUGGCGAUAUGCCAAUGCCCAUUCAGAAGCUGUAUUGUAUAUUCAGAAAGUAACCGCAGAGGAAACUUUGUACAAUGUUUGGAAUGCUACUUUGGUUCUGUGGGAUGCUUUGAUCAAAAAAAGAAUCAAUCUCCAACGGUUGAAGUUAGAGCUCAAGUUGAACUCUAUUUUGAAUGAUCAAAUGGGAUACCUCAAGGAUUGGGUGUUACUUGAAAGAGAUCAUAUACGUUGUUUAGCUGGAGCAAUAGAAGAUCUAAAGGCGACCACCCUCCAUCUUCCCAUAACUGAUGGGGGAAGGGCGGACAGUGAAUCACUGAAAGCUGCUAUUUGCUCUGUUGUCGACGUGAUGCAGGCUAUGGGAUCCUCCAUUUGUUCUUUAGUCCCAAAGGUGGAAGGGAUAAACAAUUGGGUUUCUGAACUUGCUGCAAUUUCUACACAAGAGCAAAACAUGCUUGACCAAUGUGAAGCUCUGUUGGCUUCAACCGCAGAUCUGCAGUUAGAAGAAUACAGCCUUAGGUCUCAUCUCAUACAAACAAAACAAUCUUCGAAGAAGAAUAAGCAGCCAGUCUUGGGAACCAAAACAUUUCCAUGGCCCUAACUAGCUGCUAUGCUAACAAUCUGCCAAUAUUAUCAUGGAAGUGAGAUGAAAAUACAAAAUCUGCUCUUCCCAGUAGAUGUAAAUUGUUUCUUCCUUUUUUCUAAACUAAAAGGGUAACUUUGCUUUUCCACUUCAAAAGAUGGAGCUACUCUCCUUCAUGUAAUUUUUGUACCACACAUGAAAAGAGAUUCAAAGGAAGCGAAGGAUUUGAAAUUCGAUGUAUAGUCAAAGCUUAAGACUGAAAAAUAUACACCAAAAAAGAGAAUUAAUAUGGGAGAAAAAAUGUAGAGAAAGUUUAUUCGUGACUUGA